CUUGUAGACUAUAGAGUUGAAUUCAGUAAAUGGUGGGUGACUGCAUUCAAGACUAUCAAGUUUCCUUCCCAGGGAACAGUUUUUGACUUUUAUAUCGAUUCAGAAACAAAAAAAAUUGAACCUUGGUCCAAACUGAUCCCCAAAUUUGAAUUUGAUCGAGAAAUACCAUUACAGGCCUGUCUGGUACAUACCAGUGAAACCAUCCGGGUGCGCUAUUUCAUGGAUCAUCUCUUGGAGAGACGCAGACCAGUUAUGCUGGUGGGAAAUGCAGGCACGGGGAAGUCUGUGAUUGUUGGAGAUAAGCUGUCUUUCCUGGAUUCCGAGGAGUACCUGGUGAAGAAUGUUCCUUUUAAUUACUAUACCACCUCUGCUAUGUUGCAAGCUGUUCUUGAGAAGCCACUGGAAAAAAAGGCUGGAAGGAAUUAUGGUCCCCCUGGAACAAAGAAACUCAUCUACUUCAUUGAUGAUAUGAAUAUGCCUGAAGUUGACACCUAUGGAACAGUUCAGCCUCAUACACUGAUCCGGCAACAUCUGGACUAUGGGCAUUGGUACGACAGGAACAAGCUGUCACUGAAGGAAAUCAUGAAUGUACAAUACGUGUCAUGCAUGAAUCCCACUGCAGGCAGCUUUACUAUCAACCCACGUUUGCAGCGCCACUUCUGUGUGUUUGCCCUCUCAUUUCCUGGGGCAGAUGCUCUCUCUACCAUUUACAGUACCAUCCUAACUCAGCACCUAAAAUGGGGGAACUUCUCUGCAGCUUUACAGAAGUCAUCACAGCAAGUAAUACAUCUGGCUCUUGCCCUGCACUUGAAAGUAGCAGCCACCUUCCUCCCAACAGCUAUUAAAUUUCACUACAAUUUCAAUCUAAGGGAUUUCUCCAACGUGUUCCAAGGUAUUUUGUUUUCAACUCCUGAAUGUUUGAAGACUCCUCAGGAUUUAGUAAAGCUAUACUUACAUGAAUCCAGUCGUGUUUACCGAGACAAGAUGGUCGAUGACAAGGAUUUGGUCGAUUUUGAUAAAAUGCAAGCAGAGACAGUGAAGAAGUUCUAUGAUGACAUAGAGGAGACUUUGGAACAGACCAAGAAGAUGAAUAUGUACUGCCAUUUUGCAAAAGGGAUAGGGGAACCCAAGUACAUGCCUGUCCAGAAUUGGGAAUCAUUGAGCCAGAUUCUUGUGGAAGCCUUGGAGAACCACAAUGAGGUCAAUGCUGCCAUGAACCUGGUGCUGUUUGAAGAUGCCAUGUGCCAUGUGUAAGGGGAGUUUUGACUUUCAGACGCUUGUGAAUUUCCUUAGAUAGGUACUGGGUGGUAUCCACAGAGGUAGGAACAAUGGGUGACCUACAAAGACCUGAAUUCUCUGUUUGCACAAA